AUCAGAUCGUGCUUGCGAAAAUCAGAUCGUGCUUGUGAAAAUCAGAUCGUGCUUGUGAAAAUCAGAUCGUGUUUUUGAAAAUCAGAUCGUGUUUGUGAAAAUCAGAUCGUGUUUUCAGAAACGACUCUUCAGAUAUCAGACAGCAGUCUGCAUCUGAGAACGACUCUCUCUUGCUAAAAUCAGAGAAUGGCUUGGCCUCUCCCGGCUCACCGCUUUAUUAGACAAUCUUUCCUGUAUGUUAUAUAAUAUUUGUUCAUUUAAAUCUGCCAUGUCGUGUCUGAUUGUAGGAAUACCGGAUCAGACCGCUGAGGAUUAUGAAAACCAGGACAUGAAGCUCAAACACAUCUAGAAAAAAAGAAACGAGUGUGUGUGUCUGGAGUCCGUCGUCGAGGGUCAUGGCUGUCUGGGGCAGGGGUCCUCUCCGCUCCUCGCUGCUGCUGCUCGUCUUCAUCUUCCUGCAGAACUCCUGCGACUCCUUGUUGGCGCCGAGGUUCACUAAGAUUCCCACGGAUCAGAUCGGUGUGUCCGGCGGAGUCGUGUCGUUCGUGUGUCAGGCCGCAGGCGACCCCAAGCCUCAGGUGUUCUGGAACAAAAAGGGCAAGAAAGUGAAUUCACAGAGGAUCGAGACCGUAGAGUUUGAUGAAGGGGCGGGAGCAGUGCUGCGUAUCCAGCCACUCAGAGCGCCGCGGGACGAAAACGUUUACGAAUGUGUCGCCAAAAACACUGAAGGUGAAGUCGCCGUGACCUCCAAACUGUCCAUCAUCAGAGAGGACCUGCUGCCCUUCGGCUUCCCCAGCAUCGACAUGGGCCCGCAGCUGAAGGUGGUGGAGCGAACCCGGACCGCGACCAUGCUGUGCGCCGCCAGCGGGAUUCCCGAUCCAGAGAUCUCCUGGUUCAAGGACUUUCUGCCGGUGGAGCCGGCGCUCAGCCAAGGACGAAUCAAGCAGCUGCGAUCAGGAGUCUUUGGUGCGCUGCAGAUCGAGCGCAGCGAGGAGACCGAUCAGGGGAAGUACGAGUGCGUGGCGUCUAAUUCUCAAGGCGUGCGCUACUCGUCCCCUGCUAACUUAUACGUGAGAGAGCUGCGAGAAGUUCGGCGCGUUCCCCCUCGCUUCACCAUCCCUCCCGUGAGCCACGAGAUCAUGCCAGGCGGCAGCGUGAACAUCACCUGCGUCGCGGUCGGCUCUCCGAUGCCCUACGUGAAGUGGAUGCUGAAUUCUGAGGACCUGACGCCGGAGGAAGAGAUGCCCGUGGGACGAAACGUUCUGGAGCUGAACGGCGUGCGCGAGUCGGCCAACUACACCUGCGUCGCCAUGAGCAGCCUGGGAAUCAUUGAGUCCGUGGCACAAGUUAUUGUUAAGUCUUUGCCCAGAGCUCCUGGCACCCCUGUCGUCACGGAGACGACCCCCACCAGCAUCACCAUCACCUGGGACUCCGGUAACCCCGACCCUGUUUCCUAUUACAUCAUCCAGUACCGUGCCAAAUCCCCAGACAGCAAGUACGAGACGGUGGACUCCAUCACCACCACCCGCUACAGCAUCGGCGGCCUGUACCCCAACACCGAGUACGAGAUCCGCGUGUCCGCCGUCAACACCAUCGGUCAGGGGACACCCAGCAACAAAGUGGAAGCUCGGACCGGAGAGCAAGCGCCCGCCAGCCCGCCGCGGAACAUCCAGGCGCGCAUCUUAUCACAGAACGCAGUGAUGGUGCGCUGGGACGAGCCGGAGGAGCCCAACGGCUUGAUCAAGGGCUACCGAGUUUAUUACACCAUGGACCCUUCGCAGCCGAUGAGCAACUGGCAGAUCCACAACGUUCAGGACAGCAUGAUAACGGCCAUCCACAGCCUCGUGCCGUCCGAGACGUACACCAUCCGUGUGCUGGCGUUUACGUCCGUGGGAGAUGGGCCCUUCUCUGACCCCGUCCACGUCAAAGUCAGACCUGGAGUUCCUGGGCAGCCAGGGAAGUUCCAGGUGGGUAAAGUGACCGACACCAACGUCGAGUUAACCUGGGUACCUGCUUACUCCAAAGAGCCCGUGAAAGCUUACGAACUCAUCUACAAAGCUCCAGAGCUCGGCAUUCAGGAGAAGAGGAAUUUUGAGCCCAGAACAUCGUAUGUGGUGGAGGGUCUGCGCGCCAACACUGAGUACACCUUCUCUCUGGCUGCCGUUUCCAAUAAAGGCAUCGGCGCGUUCACCAACGAGAUCAAUCAACGCACGGCACAAGCAAAGCCCUCGGUUCCCCCGCGCGAUCUCCGCUGCUCCGCCGCUGGCUCCACCUCGCUGUCGGUGAGCUGGGCCCCGGCCGUGGAGGAGCCGCUGGGGUACGAGGUGCGGUACGGGAGCGGUGGUGAGUCCCCGCAGACGCUGCGUCUGGAGCCGGGCACGGGCCGGGCGCUGCUGACGGGCCUGCGGCGCUGGAGUCGGUACCGCGUGACUGUGGCGGCGAUCACGGCACAGGGCGGCGGACCGGAGAGCGCGGCUGUAGAGUGCAGAACGGAUGAAGAUGUGCCCAGAGCUCCGCCCCGUCAGGUGGAAGUCCAGCCCAUCAACAGCACGUCUGUUAAAGUGUCGUGGCGCACCGUGUUUCCAGGGCAACGGAACGGGCAGAUCCGUGGUUACCAGGUUCACUAUGCGCGCAUGGAGCACGGGGAGUCGCUAGGCCUGCCGCGCAUCAAAGACAUGAUGCUGGACGAUGAGCAGAGGGACACGGAUGAGACGGCGCAAUACGAGCUGAUGCUGGAGGAUCUGCAGCCUGAGACGCUGUACUCCAUCAGUGUGGGGGCCUACACUAUUAAAGGUGACGGAGCUCAAAGCGUCACUCAUCUGGUGCAGACACCUGUCGCAUUACCUGCUCGUCCCGUUCUGUCCGUGCAGCUGGUUAAUGAGACGUCCGCUGCGCUGAUCUGGACUCACCAACAAUCCUCUAACCCUCUACUGGAGAUCCUGGGCUUUCAUCUGACCUAUGACCUUAAAAACAACUCUCAGUCUGUCUCUCUGGAUUUCAGACCUGAGGAGCGUCAACACAACGUGACCGGCCUGCGUCCUGGAGGUGUUUACUCAUUCCUCCUGGCCGCUAGAGGGCGCUCUGGUUACAGUGAAGAGGCUCAGGAGCAGCUUUCGGUGCCUGAGUUUCCCCCGAAAGGGUUUCCACAGCUGUCAGAGCACGUCAACGCCACCUGCUGCUCGCUGCAGCUCACCUGGCUUCCUCCGAGCGGCUCGGAACGGAACGCCGGUUUUACCGGAUACACGCUCACGUAUGAGGAAGCAGGUGGUGGCGUUGAACCGCACACACUGAUGGUGCCGGCGGAUUUGUCCAGCUACACCAUUCACGGGCUGAAUCCUGACUGGGCGUACGCUGUGAGGAUAUCAGCUCAUAACCGCGCCGGGUCAGGCCCGUAUAGCCCACAGGUGUUGUACCGAACCACGGCCUUCGACACAGACGUGCCGAGGAAUUUCUCUGUGAAUCUGGCGACGAAGACGAGCGUGUUGCUGACGUGGGAGUUUCCGGAGAGCAGCGCCCCCUAUCGCUUCACUGUGGAGUACAACCGGCAGAAGAUGGAGGUGGACGCGCGUCUGAGGAAGGCUGUGAUCCCAAACCUGCAGCCGGACACCAGCUACGACUUCAAGAUCACCAGCCCUGAGGGGAACAUGGGCGGCCUCAGACACCGCAUUCACGCCAAGACAUCUCCUCCCAUCCUCAUCCGCCGGCCCGAGGUGGACCACACGCGAGAGACCGAAGCCACGGUCACCAUCAUACUGCCCUCGCUGGACACCAGGAGCAGCGUCAGGAACAUCUAUGUGGUGGUGGUUCCUCUGAAGAGAGCCAGAGGAGUGAUCCGGCAUCUGAAGAGCCCAGACGAGAUGGACCUGGAGGAGGUAGAACAAGAGGGCACUGUAUCUGGUCAGUGUGAUGGAUGUGUUUUAUAUGCCCAGUCACUGAGAGUUUGUGUGUCUUUGUGUCCUCUAGUACCUGCUCGUCCCGUUCUGUCCGUGCAGCUGGUUAAUGAGACGUCCGCUGCGCUGAUCUGGACUCACCAACAAUCCUCUAACCCUCUACUGGAGAUCCUGGGCUUUCAUCUGACCUAUGACCUUAAAAACAACUCUCAGUCUGUCUCUCUGGAUUUCAGACCUGAGGAGCGUCAACACAACGUGACCGGCCUGCGUCCUGGAGGUGUUUACUCAUUCCUCCUGGCCGCUAGAGGGCGCUCUGGUUACAGUGAAGAGGCUCAGGAGCAGCUUUCGGUGCCUGAGUUUCCCCCGAAAGGGUUUCCACAGCUGUCAGAGCACGUCAACGCCACCUGCUGCUCGCUGCAGCUCACCUGGCUUCCUCCGAGCGGCUCGGAACGGAACGCCGGUUUUACCGGAUACACGCUCACGUAUGAGGAAGCAGGUGGUGGCGUUGAACCGCACACACUGAUGGUGCCGGCGGAUUUGUCCAGCUACACCAUUCAUGGGCUGAAUCCUGACUGGGCGUACGCUGUGAGGAUAUCAGCUCAUAACCGCGCCGGGUCAGGCCCGUAUAGCCCACAGGUGUUGUACCGAACCACGGCCUUCGACACAGACGUGCCGAGGAAUUUCUCUGUGAAUCUGGCGACGAAGACGAGCGUGUUGCUGACGUGGGAGUUUCCGGAGAGCAGCGCCCCCUAUCGCUUCACUGUGGAGUACAACCGGCAGAAGAUGGAGGUGGACGCGCGUCUGAGGAAGGCUGUGAUCCCAAACCUGCAGCCGGACACCAGCUACGACUUCAAGAUCACCAGCCCUGAGGGGAACAUGGGCGGCCUCAGACACCGCAUUCACGCCAAGACGUCUCCUCCCAUCCUCAUCCGCCGGCCCGAGGUGGACCACACGCGAGAGACCGAAGCCAUGGUCACCAUCAUACUGCCCUCGCUGGACACCAGGAGCAGCGUCAGGAACAUCUAUGUGGUGGUGGUCCCUCUGAAGAGAGCCAGAGGAGUGAUCCGGCAUCUGAAGAGCCCAGACGAGAUGGACCUGGAGGAGCUGCUGAAGGACAUCAGUCAGAAGCAGCGAGAUCCGCGGCAGCGUCAGGUGGACCUGCGGAGGGCGUACAUCACCGCCCGCUUCACACCCGCCACCCUGCCUGCAUUCUUCACACUCGGAGACCAGCUGGACUACGGAGGCUUCGAGAACCGCGCAUUAGAACCAGGUCAGGAGUACGUGUUCUUCAUCCUGGCAGAGCUCAACUCCACCACCGGGGUAAGAUGUGUGUGUUUUCUCCUCGUUCUGUGUGUGUUUUCACUCAUUAGCAAACGCAAGGACUCUGAGCCAGGAACUAAAUGUUUGCUGAAUAAUGCUGAGAUGAUGGCGCACAACCCCACCGACCCUGUGGAGAUGAGACGCAUCAACUUCCAGACACCAGGUAUGAUGAGUCACCCACCCAUCCCCAUCUCUGAGCUGCCCGAGCACACGGACCACCUGAAGGCCAACGACAACCUGCAUCUGUCGCAGGAGUACGAGUCGAUUGAUCCCGGGCAGCAGUUCACAUGGGAACACUCAAACCUGGAGGUGAACAAGCCGAAGAACCGCUACGCUAACGUGAUUGCAUACGACCACACGCGUGUGAUCCUCGCUCCGACAGACGGCAUUAUGGGUAGUGACUACAUCAACGCCAACUACAUCGACGGUUUCAGGAAGCAGAACGCAUAUAUCGCCACCCAGGGGCCGCUGCCGGAGACCUUCGGGGAUUUCUGGAGGAUGGUGUGGGAGCAGAGAGCUGCUUCAGUGGUCAUGAUGACCAAACUAGAGGAGAAAUCACGGAUCAAGUGUGAUCAGUACUGGCCCAGUCGCGGCACAGACACGUUCGGGGGGGUUCAGGUCGCUCUGCUGGAUACCAUGGAGCUGGCCACAUUCUGUGUGAGAACCUUCUCUCUGCACAAGAGCGGCUGUAAUGAGAGGAGAGAGGUGCGCCAGUUCCAGUUCACCGCUUGGCCUGACCACGGCGUUCCCGAAUAUCCCACUCCAUUCCUGGCCUUCCUCCGCAGGGUCAAAGCGUGUAACCCGCCAGACGCCGGCCCCGUCAUCGUCCACUGCAGCGCUGGCGUGGGCCGCACCGGCUGCUUCAUCGUGAUCGACGCCAUGCUGGAGCGCAUCCGUCACGAGCGGACGGUGGACGUGUACGGUCACGUGACCCUGAUGCGCUCGCAGAGGAACUACAUGGUGCAGACGGAGGAUCAGUACGGCUUCAUCCACGAGGCGCUGCUGGAGGCCGUGGCCUGCGGGAACACAGAGGUGGCGGCGCGCAGCCUGUGCUCCUACAUACAGAACCUGUCGCAGGUGGAGGCCGGAGAACACGUGACCGGCAUAGAGCUGGAGUUCAAGUGUGUGUCCAGGCAGCAGAGGGCGUAUAUUGCGACGCAGGGGCCGCUAGCGGAGACCACUGAGGACUUCUGGCGCACGCUGUGGGAACACAACUCCACCAUCGUGGUGAUGCUGACCAAACUGCGUGAGAUGGGACGGGAGAAGUGUCACCAGUACUGGCCAGCCGAGCGCUCGGCACGCUAUCAGUACUUUGUAGUGGAUCCCAUGGCAGAAUACAACAUGCCACAGUACAUCCUGAGAGAGUUCAAAGUCACCGACGCCAGGGACGGACAGUCCAGAACCGUCAGACAGUUCCAGUUCACCGAUUGGCCAGAACAAGGAGUUCCAAAGUCAGGCGAGGGUUUCAUUGAUUUCAUUGGACAGGUGCAUAAAACCAAGGAGCAGUUCGGUCAGGACGGACCAAUCGCAGUCCACUGCAGUGCGGGCGUCGGGCGUACGGGUGUCUUCAUCACCCUCAGUAUCGUCCUGGAGCGGAUGCGUUACGAGGGCGCUGUGGACAUCUUCCAGACCGUCAAAAUGCUGCGCACACAACGGCCGGCGAUGGUGCAGACUGAGGACGAGUAUCAGUUCAGCUAUCAGGCCGCUCUGGAGUACCUCGGAAGUUUUGAUCACUAUGCAACAUAAGAAGAACACCAACCUGUCCAACACCUUCCCCCUCAACAACCCCACAAACACCCGCAGAGGACCGACGACGACGACGACACGUGAAACACACACAGACUGCGACGCAGAGCAGACGUUCUCUCAGGAGCUCCAGGAGACGCUCUGCGUCACAACGCAAACAUUUACCUCAGUGUUCAAAUAUUGAUAUUAAUGUUGUGGUCGGCUUUUUAGAAAUAUUAAACUGUGGAUGAAGAUCUUCAUAACAACAGGAAAAUAUUACAUGUACAAAAUCUAUUUAAAGCAAAACAACGAGGAAAAAAAGAAACUAUGAAAUCAAAAGCCUGGAUAAUUGCUGCACCCCUCAGUGGGAGUUUCUUCGAACUGUAUUUGCCAACGUCAGACGUGAAUGAGCGCGAGCCCGUCUGUGCCUGCUAGAGUCAUCGUUGCCAUCCCAAACAAACGCGUCGGCGCCGCAGAACGGAAGCAGAUCUACCUUCUGUGCCUAACGGAGCGACCGCAGCCAACGCCGUACAUUAGCACACGUGAUAUAAUCUCUGAUCCUCGGACGCUGUGCACGAGACGGACUGAACUCUGUGAAUACUGUAUUCGGUGUGUCUCUACAUGACUAUAUGCUGCUUACACCGUGUUUGGAGGCCGAGGGUGUUUUCGAGGCUUGAAUCUCGUAUCUGUAUCAUGUUCUUUUGCUUUCUGCUGUGGCAUAAUGUACUCCGCUGUGUCUUUAUGGUGGGACGACGGAACGAUUUUUUGGGUUUAUAGAUAAAUGAUUGGGCCGAUGCACGUUGAUGCUACAGGAAUCGCGAGAUUCAUUCCCCAGUAUUUCCAGCCACGCGUCAAACGCUAGAAAGAUCUUCUGAGAUGGUUGCAUUCUCCCUCGAUCAUGUUUAGUUUAGCGCAGGCGUGAUGUUUAGGAGUAGCGCCGGAAGCGAGAUCUCCACCUGAGACGUGAAGUGAGCCUUAUCGUUGUUGUCAAAUAUUUAAUCAACCUGAUUUUUUUAUUUCGCUUUGUUUAUACUAUGCUUGAAUUUUUUAAGGAUCUAUUUAUUUAUAUGAUUUUUAUGGCAGUAUAAUUGGUGAGCUGUGGUGUAGUUGGCCAGCUAAUGUGACUGUACAUGGCUCAGAUGUACAGUGUUGUGCUUCGUAUCCCUCUCAGAUAUUUUGAUAUUUACUGUGCACUGAUUGUUCUAGAGGAAGCUGACGGCCCGCGGCCCUCUGGAGCCCAAACCUCACCGAAUCGGUCGUGAAGUAUCGCUCCUUCACAAACAAAACGCACGUGUUCUUAGACAUUACACACGUUUCUCAUCAGCAUUAUCAGUCAAACUAAACGAGUUAAAGCACACGCAGAUUUCAAGAGCCCAGAGAGACGAUAUCAGCCUCAGAUCAGCGUCACAGGUCUACAGUGUGCAGUACCGUACCGUACAGUGAUGCACCGCGGUAAACCCAACGAAAACUGCCACAGUAUGUGGUUGUUAGCUGAUGCUGAUGAGCUCAAUAAUGACCAAACAUCAGCUGAUUAACUGUGGCAUCACUGUACCGUAGUACCAGCUCAUCCUAAGAAAGCAGACGCUGAUCUGCAGUUUUUCUCUCUUCAUGAAUGAAAGCACACUGAGACAAGAUUCUGCUGCUCGUCUCAAUCAAUUAUUCUCAACAUGAAAUGUUCCUUUGGAGAUGAAAGCACACAAACGAACCAAAAGCAACAUCUGAUCAGACGACUGUGUGACGAGUGAACGUGGGCCGUGUGCUGACCUACAGUAGUGUUUCACUUUCUCUGCUUAUUGAUUUCAGAUCAUGUAUGUAGAUAUGUCGACUUUGUAUUAAAACUGAACGACUGGAUAUACUGACGUG